AUUUAGCAUUAAUUUUGUUAAACAAUUUUAAAUUAACUAUAUGGUACUAUUUAAAAGUAACUUAAUAAUUUUUUAUAGUUUUCAAAAGUUAGCACUUGGUGCGUGAAUAUAUACGAAUAUAUUCUGCACUAAGUUGCCGCUAAAAAAAAGCAAAAAACUGUAUUAAUUUACUUAUGUUUUAAUAUUAGUUAGAUGUUUGUUAAUAAAUCUUAAAAUGAAGGAACCAGGCAAAGAAUCAAUUUUUAAAGGAACAUCUUCACAAAUAGUCGCUGUACUGAUAUGUACUUUUAGUGCAAUAUCAGAUGGAAUGCAAUACGCAUGGACAGCACCUGUCGUCCCGAUCCUCAGAGGUCCUGACAGUCCUUUACCAAUAACCGAAGAUGAGGCAGGUUGGCUGGAAAAAAUCUACUUAAUCGGAGGUAUAUGCGGACUACCCGUCACCAUGUUACUAGUCGAUAGAAUAGGCAGAAAACGCACUCUGAUGUGCGCUGCAACUUCAAGCCUUACAGGCUGGGUUCUCAUAGCUGCAGCAAACAGGAUUGAGUAUCUUUAUGUGGCUAGAUUUUGCACUGGGUUAGCGCAGGAUGUGGCUUUCGUUUCAGCGCCUAUGUACGUUGCCGAAGUGGCUGAACAGAAGAUUAGAGGAUUUUUGGCUGGGGUCAUGUCACUUAUGCAGCUAUUCGGAAUUUUGGUAAUAUACAUAGCUGCGCCUUAUGGUUCCUUCUUCACUUCGGCUAUCAUAGGUUGCGUUAAUCUUGCCAUGCAGUUGAUAGGGUUCAAUUUUAUCCCAGAGUCGCCGUACUUUUUGCUCUCUGUGGGUAAAAAUGAAGAAGCUAAAAAAGCUUUACUAAGACUAAGGGGAGCAGAGAACGUUGACAAGGAAAUGGCGGACAUAACUAAAGCAGUGCAAAGACAAAACGCUGAACCUGGAAGACUUCAAGAUUUAAUCCUUGUAAAAAGCAACAGAAAGGCCAUUAUAAUAAUGGCAAUAUUAAAUGCCUCGCAACACUUUAGCAGCUUAACAGUUAUGCUUAUGAAUCUCCACAGUAUAUUAGAGGCAGGAAAAUCAGUAUACCUUCCACCUGUGGAAAGUGCAAUAGUUUUUGCUGCCUCCAUGCUUUUGGCCUGCUUUUUCGCAGGAUUUUUCAUCGACAAAUAUGGUAGAAAGGUCCUUUUAACAUUCUCAUGCAUAUGUUCAAGCCUAGUUGUGUUAGCUUUGGCCAUAUAUUUCACCCUACAAAGACAAGGAGUUGAUGUUACUGGUGCAUCUUGGAUUCCUACAGUUUCUGUAAUGGUUUACGCAGCCGUUUUUAGGACUGGUUUAGGUAUAAUUCCACUAGUGUUGACAUCGGAAAUAUUCCCUACGAAGCUCAAAGCGUUUGGAAUGACAGUAUCCGACGCUAUUUACCUUAGUUGUGGGAUUAUUUCCCUGGAAGUUUACCAGGUGUUAGGGGACAACUAUGGGCUGGAUGUUCCUUUCUACGUUUUUUCACUAUGUAGUUUAUUGGCAGCUGGAUUCUGCCUUUUCUAUAUUCCAGAAACCAAGGGCAAAUCCCUGGAGGAAAUUCAGUUUAUGUUGAAAGGGGAACCUUAUCCUCACAAAGAUAACAAAGGAAAUGAAAAUGCAAGUUUUGAAGAUAGUCACCUAUAAAUUAACACUUUUUAAUAACUGUAAAUUAAAAUUUUAAAUUAUAAAUACGUUGUAUAGAAUAAAAUUGUUAAUAUAUUUUGAU